GGGUUUACGCUUUAACAUUCAUAUUUCUCCAAAAUCUUCCAUUUUUAUGCUUACUCAACUCAGAAAUUUUUCAGUCUCUGUUACAUUUCCGUGCAAUAAAUAAAUGGUGUUAUGGUGCUUCCUUUUGCCAAAUACAUUCUAUUCCAAAACCCCUUUCUCAAAAAGCUUCCACCUUUGCAAAUCAUUCUUCAUGGGCAUGUCAAUUUCAACCAAUUCAAUACAUUUUCGCAAAAUAUUUCAACUUUCUCUGACAACUGUGAGAGGCUUUCAUGGGAACGUUCCACUCAAGAAAUUCUAGUGGGUAAGCUUAAAUUUGCUUUGAGGAAUCAUCAAUUGCAAGAAGCAUUGGAAACUUUUCGUGAUUUUCGAAACCUUUAUGGUUACCCUGAGAUUAAUUUAUUGAAUCAGCUUAUUGUGCAAUUGUGUUAUUCUUCUAAUCAUGUUUUGGUGAGAAAAGCAUGUGAUUUGGUUUUGAGAAUUGUUGAUGAGAAUUCAGGUUUGAUUCAUGUUGAUACGUUGACAAAACUUGCUUUGUCUUUGGCUAGAAUGCAAAUGCCGUCUCCUGCAUCCGUUAUACUUAGGUUGAUGCUUACUAAAGGGUUUGUGCCAUCUAUGAAUUUUUUGUCCUUGAUUGUGUUUCAUAUUGUGAAGACAGAAAUUGGAACACAUCUUGUAUCGAAUUAUCUGUCUCAAGUUUGUGAUUUUUAUAAUGGUUUGAAGGAUAAAAAGGCGCAACAUGCAAUCAUGUUGAAGCCGGAUACUUUGGUAUUUAAUCUUGUUCUUGAUGCUUGUGUGAGGUUUAAGUUAUGUUUGAAGGGCUUGUGUCUGAUUGAAUUAAUGCCGCUAAUGGGGACAGUGGCUGAUGCACACUCAAUUGUGAUAAUUUCGCAGAUUUUAGAAAUGAAUGGUUUGAGAGAUGAAUUGAUGGAAUUGAAAUGUCAUAUUGAUGGAGUUUCGGCGUCUUAUGUUCGGCAUUAUCGUCAGUUCUAUGAUAGUUUGUUGAGGUUGCACUUUAAAUUUAACGACAUUGAUGCUGCCUCUAAGCUUGUUUUGGAUAUGAAUAGCUCGCAUAAUUGUCACAAUAAUGAAGAAUAUAGGAAUCACUUACAAAAGCCGAGCUUUGUUGCCAUUGGAUCACCUAACCUUAAGAAUGCAUUAAAGAUACAUAUAGAGCCUGAGCUACUGCAGAAGGACACUGUGCUUAAAUUGGAAGGUAGAGAAGGUCUUGUUUUUUAUAAGGGUGGGAAACUUACUCUUAGUAAUAGAGCUUUGGCUAAGUUUAUCAUUGGUUACAAAAAAGAUGGUAGAAUUAGUGAACUUUCGAAACUUUUACUUAGCAUUCAUGGGGAACUAUACUCAGCGACAGGAUCUGGGUUGUGUUCUGAUGUGAUCAGUGCUUGCAUUCAGAUGGGAUGGCUUGAGUCUGCUCAUGAUAUUUUGGACGAUGCAGAGGCUGCCGGGUCUCCAAUGGGUUGCGAUAUGUAUAUUUUACUCUUGUCUGCAUAUCAGAAGGAGGAAAUGCAAAGAGAAGCUCAGGCACUGCUAAAACAAAUGAAAAAGAUUGAUUUUCUCCCAGAACUGUCUAAUGAUGCUAUUGACGAACACGUCCUUUGUCGAGAAACAUCAAAUUCAGUUGGUAAAUCAGAUUUGGCUGUCGCCUUAGCUCAAAUAUUGAACGCUGAAGAUCAAACAGAUAUUCCUUUAGUGUAUAACUUCAAUUCUUCGAUCUUCUUUUUCUGCAAGGCAAGAAUGAUAGAGGAUGCAUUGAGGGCAUAUAGAAAAAUGUGCGAAAUGAAAAUUCGACCGACGAAUCAAACUUUUGCUCAUCUCGUGUGUGGAUAUUCUUCUCUCGGUAUGUAUCGUGAGAUUACGUUCUUUUGGGGAGACAUCAAGAGAUUCAUGAAGAACAACUAUUUAGUUGUAAAUAGAGAUCUAUAUGAGUUACUGCUGCUAAACUUCAUUCGAGGAGGUUACUUUGAGAGAGUGAUGGAGGUCAUUGGCCAUAUGAAUGACCGUAACAUGUAUACUGACAAGUUACUGUACAAAAGCGAGUUUCUUAGACUUCAUAAGAAUCUUUAUAGGAGUUUAAAAGCAUCGGAUGCAAGAACAGAAGCACAAAGCAAAAGGCUUGAGCAUGUUCAGGAAUUUAGAAAAUGGGCCGGUAUUGAUUAAUUGUCUUGUAAAUAUUCGUGUGCUGAUCUAUGUUCAUCUUUUCCAGCAGCGGGUCUUGUGAAUGUUGUGUCUGCUUGUACUUCUUUGAAGUAUAUUUAAUUUUGAUUCUGGCUCAACUUUAGCAUUCCGGAAAUUAUGUGGAAAUUUUUGCUUCAUUAGUCAUUUACCAUACCAUGAUCCUAGGAAUGAAUUUCUUCAUACUGAUGGGGUAACUCUAAUUACCCAAUUAUGUGGGAUUCUUGGGCCGCAUUGACCAUUCUAAAAAUCUCAAUGCUGAGCUUCUGGUUGUCUUCAAUGGUUUGAAGCUGGUGCAAAGAGGGAUUAUCUACUUGGACUCAAUGGGUGCUAUCAGCCAUGUCAAAGAUCCUUCCUCCUGGUUCCAUAUGCUUAUGAUUCUUUGGAGCAAAAAACAUUUAAACGGACUUUGACUGUGUUUGGUGUAUUGCUUAUGUGUGUUUGGGAGUGCGUCUCAGUGACAGCCACCGCAGGUCUGAUUGCAUUUCACCAUGGAAAUGCACAAGCUACAAACUGUAGUCUCAAAAGGAAUGUGCGGUCAUGUUGAUAUGAAGAGAUAGUUAGUCGGACUUAGUUUGGUUUCAAAUGCCAAUUGAUAUGAAAGCAAGUUUACUUUUUCAUUUUUCUUUUGUUGUUGAAGAGAUUUCAUUGACCUAAGUUGCAGUCAUCUGGAAGACAUUGCUGUUAGGGGGUUUGGAACCGAUGAACUUCUCAAAUAUAUGGCUCAUAGAGGGUAACUGGUGCAUCUAUUUGCAACAGGGCAAGUCACUUACGAAGUUUUGACGGUUAUGACUUUUUGGAUGGAAUGAAAUUUCAGAUAAAGGGUUGAGUGAAGGGGUUUUCACUAUUAGAAGUGCUUUCAUGUAGCAACAGCCUAUCUAAGGACCUCAAAGUUAUUGGUUGAUGUUGCCCUCUUUUGAAGUCACUAAUUCUUGAGACCUUGUUUUUCAAUCAAAAGUACUAAUGGCGGGUUUGUGUACUCUUAUGACGAGGAUGAUAAAGCAUUUGUUAUUGCAAAAAUAAUGUCUGGGUUACGCCAUCUUGAAUUGAAUGGAUUUUUGCGUAAUUAUGGUAGAUUGCUUGCUCUUCUUGAUGGCUGCCCUCUUCUUGAAUCUCUUAAUCUACGAGGUUGUCUUUGUCCUAAUUUCAGUCCAGGUUUGGGAAAAAGGUUCCGUGAGAAAAUUAAAGAUUUACAACUUUCAAAUUACUUGUAGAUGAUGGAUUAGCUUUUAUGGACACUUGAAGAUACAUAAGCUAAUGAUGAUUGGGAGUAUUAGAUAAUUGAUUGUGACUAUGAAUUACUAAUUCUAGGUUUUUAAGAACAGUGACGAGAAUAUUAUUGUUUUCUUGGCAUGCUUUCAUCUCAAAUGUUGAUUAUGUUGCUUUAAAGUAAUUUUGUUAUGGACAUUUGAAAGUCUGAUAUUUUAUUUUUGAACAGUGUACUUGAAUUUCUCAAGAACCUUGUAUGCCAACAUGGGCUUGCAUGUUUUUAAAUCAGAUUAUCUAUCUUUUUUAA